AUGUCCUCUGCGGUCCUACCAGCUAAGCCAGCGGAGCCCCUAGGCAUCAGCUACCAAUCAGUGAUGCCCCACUACAGCGGAGCAACCGAGGAGUACCCCCAGCCCAUCCAACCCCGGGCCCAGGGGGGCAAAGGCAAGCUGCGGCGACCCCGGCAGAGUCGGUUCAAGACCCAGCCGGUCACCUUCGAUGAGAUCCAGGAGGUGGAGGAAGAAGGCUUGUCCCCCACUGAGGAGGAGAAAGCCAGAAAGUCCUUCCUGCAGUCCCUGGAGAACCUGAGAAGGAGCUCACACAGCAUGCACCUCCAAAGGGACAAACUCAGCAGCUGCAAACUCCGCCACAGCCUGGAUUCCAGCGACUCAGACUCCACCCAGUGA